AACUAUAGUGCUGUGUCUUGUGGUAAACAGACACAGACUAAGUGAGGGAGAGAACAGGUACGGACUGGAUUCAACACUCUCUCAGCUCUCAUGGCUCCAUUUCUGUUCCUGUUGUUCCUUCUGUCUGAAGCAGCUUCUGACCUGAUUGUGCUAACAGUGUGCCCUGGAGAUGAUGUCAUUCUACCAUGUCAGGCUGCUGAUUCCUCCAUCAGAGCUCUAGAGUGGACCAGACCUGACCUGGAGCCAGAGUACGUCCUCUUUUAUAGCGAUGGAUACUUGGAAACAGAAGAACAGCAUCCAGACUUUAAGGACAGGGUGGACCUGGUGGACAGAGAGCUGAAGGACAGAGACAUGUCUUUAAUUCUGAAGAAUGUGAGCAGCAUCGACAACGGAACAUACGAGUGUCGGGUUGCAUCAGGUGGUUCCAGACGUAAAAAGAGAUCCAUCAUCGACUCUGAGCCAAUCAGAAUCAUCCGUCUGCAGGUUACAGAGCCAGCAGACCUGAUUGUGGUAACAGUUGAUCCUGGAGAUGAUGUCAUUCUACCAUGUGAGGCUGCUGAUUCCUCCAUCAGUGUUGUAGAGUGGACCAGACCUGACCUGGAGCCAAAACUCGUCCUCUUAAACAUCGAUGGACACCUGGAUCCAACCUACCAGAAUCCAUUCUUUAAGGACAGGGUGGAGCUGGUGGACAGAGAGCUGAAGGACGGAGAUGUGUCUUUAAUUCUGAAGAAUGUGAACAACAACGACACUGGAACAUACAAGUGUCGAGUUAUAACUGGUGGUUCAAGACGUAAAAAGAGAGACAUCAUUGACUCUGAGCCAAUCAGAACCAUCCGUCUGCAGGUUACAGAGCCAGACCUGAUUGUGGUAACAGUUGAUCCUGGAGAUGAUGUCAUUCUACCAUGUGAGGCUGCUGAUUCCUCCAUCAGUGUUGUAGAGUGGACCAGACCUGACCUGGAGCCAAAACUCGUCCUCUUAAACAUCGAUGGACACCUGGAUCCAACCUACCAGAAUCCAUUCUUUAAGGACAGGGUGGAGCUGGUGGACAGAGAUCUGAAGGACGGAGACGUGUCUUUAAUUCUGAAGAAUGUGAACAACAACGACACUGGAACAUACAAGUGUCGAGUUAUAACUGGUGGUUCAAGACGUACAAAGAGAGACAUUGACUCUGAGCCAAUCAGAAUCAUCCGUCUGCAGGUUACAGAGCCAGACCUGAUUGUGGUAACAGUGCACCCUGGACAGGAUGCCCUUCUGCCAUGUCAGACUGCUGAUUCCUCCAUCAGUGUUGUAGAGUGGACCAGACCUGACCUGGAGCCAAAGCUCGUCCUCUUAAACAUCGAUGGACACUUGGAUCCAACCUACCAGCAUCCAUCCUUUAAGGACAGGGUGGAGCUGGUGGACAGAGAGCUGAAGGACGGAGACGUGUCUUUAAUUCUGAAGAAUGUGAGCAGACAAGACAAUGGAACAUACGAAUGUCGAGUUAAACCAAAUGAUUCAAGACAUGAAAAGAGAGACACCGACUCUGAGCCAAUCAGAACCAUCCGUCUGCAGGUUACAGAACCAGACGUGAUAGUGGUACCAGUGCGCCCUGGAGAGGAUGUCAUUCUACCAUGUCAGGCUGCUGAUUCCUCCAUCAGAGCUGUAGAGUGGACCAGACCUGACCUGGAGCCAGAAUAUGUCCUCUAUUACAGCGAUGGACACAUGGAUCAAACCUACCAGCAUCCAUCCUUUAAGGACAGGGUGGAGCUGGUGGACAGAGAGCUGAAGGACGGGAACGUGUCUUUAAUUCUGAAGAAUGUGAGCAGACAAGACAAUGGAACAUACGAUUGUCAAGUUGCACCAGAUGGGUCAAGAUGGAAAAAGAGAGGCAUCAAGUCUGAGCGAAUCACGAUCAUCCGUCUGCAGGUUACAGAGCCAGCAGACCUGAUUGUGGUAACAGUGCACCCUGGAGAUGAUGUCAUUCUACCAUGUCAGGCUGAUGAUUCCUCCAUCAGAGCUGUAGAGUGGAUUAGAGCUGAUCUGAAGGAGCCAGAUAUUAUCCUCUUAUACAGUGAUGGAUUCUUUCAUACAGACGACCAGCAUCCAUCCUUUAAGGACAGGGUGGAGCUGGUGGACAGAGAUCUGAAGGACAGAGACGUGUCUUUAAUUCUGAAGAAUGUGAACAGACACGAUGCUGGAACAUACAGGUGUCGAGUUAUAACCGACGAUACUAACCCAAUCAGACUCAUCAGAACCAUCAGAACCGUCCGUCUGCAGGUUACAGAUCCAGCAGGUUCUGAGGAUAGAAACUCCUCUCCUGUAGGCCGAUACAUUGGACUGGCUGCAGGUGGACUGGUUGUUGUAGCUGCUGCAUUGGUUGGUGUCCUGAUGUAUAAAAGACAUAAGGACAGGAGAUCAGGACAACCUGCUGCUGAUGCUGAUGAUAAAGUGGGUGGUGUCCUGAUGUAUAAAAGACGUAAGGACAUGAGAUCAGGACAACCUGCUGAUGAUGAAGCAUCAGCCGUUGAGUUCAUCAUCAUCUCCCAGAGCUCUUAACACCUGACUGGUUUCUCAUGUGCUGUAUAUACAACAUGAUUCUCAUUACUGCUGACAUAUUAUCUAUGAAAUAGAAUUACGUGAUGUUUUCUAAAGGAAAUGUUAUGAAAUGUGAACUAUACCAAAGUGAUGAUCUUUGAAAGCUGUUGAUAAUUAUUUAAUAUGAAUGAAUAGAUGAAAUAAUAAUGAUCAGAGACAUGUUGGAAGUUAAUAACUCAGUUUUAACAUUCAGAUACAUUAAUGUGCCUUAAACUGUUUUACUCUUUUAUCUUAUUCUGAUAAAUACUUUAUUUUGCUACAUUUGGAUUCUCAAGUUGUUACUUUUAUAUUUUCAUUGUUGUGCUUUUUGUUAUUCUUUAAACACAAAUAAAGCCGCUCCAAAUAUC